UUAGAUAAAACGUAUUAUGUCACUAAGAUGAAUAAGGCUUCUGAAAAUUAUGGAUUUUUUUGCAACCAAAUUGAAAAUAUAAAUUACUUCUAUCCGGUUGAUGUGUUGUGGAGGCGACAGAAAUGCCACGCUUUAGGUCUUAAACUCAAACGACCUUUAGAUUAUCGAGCUAAUAAAAAAAUACUGGGCACUCCUUCAAAGUACAAAUUCAUAGGAGGAACCGGCAACUGCUUUUACCGAGCACUAUCCUAUGUGGUAACUGGUACCGAACACAAUCAAUUUCUUUUGCGAACUAAGAUUUCCCAGGUCGUCAGAACCAAUGACAAGAUUCUCCAUUUUUUAGAUGGCGAAGAAGAACUUACAAAAUAUUUGAAACUAAUUAACAUUAACGAAGAAGAUACUUGGAGCACAAGCGUUGAUGUAUUGGCUGCAGCAAUUUUACUAAAUACUUCUAUAUACAUAUACAAUUCUAUCAAAGAAAGAUGGUAUUUCUUUUCCAAAGAUUAUCCUGCCGCUUACAGUUCCGUUAGUACAGAAAACGAACGCUUCAUUUACUUGUUAAAUCUAUCACUCACGCAUUUCCAUAUUGUUGAAGACAUCCGCUUUUUGUAA